AUGACCCUCCAGGCUCUGACCGAGGACGACCAAGAAGUGUUGAACGUGAUGGACCUUCGUUUGGAGUUGAACGAGGAUUUCGACCAUCUGCUGUUUUUGAGAAAGAUCGACCAGCUGGCGGAGGGAGCAGGUGUGGGAGGGGGUGCCGACCACGAGGGAGGAGGCGAGAAGACGGGACGCGUCGUGAUUGAGUACAGCGUCGAGGAGGAGGAGGAGAUUGAGGAGGAUACAUCGAGGCAGGCUCAACACGGGGCGAGCGGCCCGGGCGGCGAUGCAAACCAGGACAAGGACUCGAGCUCGGGAACGAGCUCCGGCUCGAGCUCGAGCGAUGAGUCGACCGAGGACGAUGGCGAGGGCGCCGGACAUAGAACGGAGCGUACGGGGGAGCACGGAGUGGCGCUCGGGGAGCGGGUGGACGAGCGAGUAGAGCUUAUCGAGCAGCAGGCGACAGAGGAAACUAAGGCUGUCGAGGAGCAGGAGGGCGGAGCGGCUGCUCAGGAGGGUGGGGUCGGAGGGCAGCGGCAGGUGGUGGGCGAGGCGGCUGCGCAGGAGGGCGGGGCAGGAGGGCAGCAGCAGGAGGGCGUGGCGGCUGCGCAGGAGGGUGGGGCAGGAGUGCAGCAGCAGGCGUUUAGGGUUGCGGCUGCGCGGGUGGGUGGGUUGGGAGGGCAGGAGCAGGAGGACUGGGAGGUUGCUGAGGAGUAUCGUCAAGGAGAUGAGCGACAAUCCGCCGUAACAAGGAGUUACCGCACGGCCAGUGGCAGCGGACAGGCGGGCCCUUCGGCCGGGUGGCCUUCGACGGCAGGUUAA